UUACUUUUUUUAUUAACGUGAUAUGAAACAGGUUUUAAAGUGAAACUGAAUAUUUAAAUUAGAUUUAAAAUUUACAUUUUUUUGGUCAGCUGAUUGUUGUCACUUUUGACAUUUACAUAUGAGAUGAGGUUCUUGGAAAAGUAGGGUGAGAAAAUAGCACAUAAACAUUGUAAAGUACACACGUCAGCUACCAUAAUUUUAAAUUAUUUUCUUAAAUUUCGAAUAAUUUGUGACAAACAAUCCUUUGAAAGCAUAUAAAAAUGGUCGAUAUUGCUGUUGAUGUGUCAGGACAGAUGGACCCUCCUCCAGAAAUUAACGUAAAAAAGAAAUAUCCUAGUUUCUUACAAAUUCCUACACAAAUUCCAGACCCAAAAGAAUGGAUACAACAACAAAGACGGAAUGUAAGGCCUUGGUUGGUUUUUAUUCAAACGUCGAAUUUCAAAGUUCCUCCGUCGAUUCCCAGGUUAGGGAAACGCAUUAUGAGAAAUGUUGAAUACUUUCAAGCAAAUUAUCUAUUUGUAUUCCUGGGAUUAGUGGUAUAUUGUUUAAUAACAUCGCCUCUUAUUCUGUUCGCAAUAGCCGGAACAUUCUAUGCAGGUUACCGCCUUAACAAACGACAUACAGAAAAGAAACUGGUCCUGUUUGGUAAAGAACUGACAUUAGCGCAACAAUACGGACUUGUAGCCGUAUGCUCUAUGCCGAUUUAUUACUUAGUUGGUGCACAUGGGGCCAUGUUUUGGGUUAUUGGUGCUUCAAUGGUUGUGAUAACGUUACAUGCUUCAUUUUAUAACAUUGAAGCACUUGUGCCUAAAAGCGAAGAUGCAUAUCCCUUGUUGGAAGAGGUUUAGCCAAUAUACUGCUCCGUUUUAGAGAAUUUUUUUAGAUCUUUUGUUACUAAUUAUGUAAAUAUAUUAAUGUAAUUUGAUACGAGCUGCAUAACUUUAUUUUUUAUGUGUAAACAUUGGCUUUAAGGGGUAUGUCUAUAGAAAACUUAAACUCAGUACUACGUUGCGGUAAUUCCUAUCAUUUAAUAAUAAAAAUUUGAUCAUGUAACAAAUGUGUUAUUCUUAGUACAACUAUUCUUUUGCACUCCCAAAAAGAAUUUUUAGGUAAAUUGUUAUUAAAGCAAUAAGUUAAUUUGAAAGAAAUAAAAGUUAUAUAUUUCACGAAAAAUAUUUGAUUUAAAAGUCUUAUGAAAGACGUAAUUUAUACCGAGAAAAUAAUAUUACAACAACCAAAUAGCCUUCAUUUUUUCACACUCAGUAUAGCAAUAAUAAAACUUUUCAUCAUUUAGCAUCAUUUUGAUGUCGCCUCUUUAUCGUAAAAGCAGAGUAAUAACUGACAAUUUUUUUUAUAAAAGAAAACUCGUUUACUGGGACAGAUAUUAACGAUAAAAAAAAAUUUAGGUGCUGUUGCCAUUUUGCUUUUAAAAACCUUUAAAAUUAUGUAGUUGUAAAUUAUGGUUUUAAUAACUGUUAUAUGAAAUAAAUUAAUAAAAUA